AUGGCUGCGGAGAUAAUAAAGGAGGAGGUGAGCGGCUGCCUGGCGCGCUGGCUCGGCCGCGGCGGCGCCUGCCUGCUCGUGUACCCCGAGGUGAAGCGCCUCAUGUUCCGCAUCGCCAUGAGGCUGCUGCUGGGCUUCGAGCCGCACCAGGCCGACGGCGGCAGCGAGCGGCAGCUCGUGGAGGCCUUCGAGGAGAUGAGCCGCAACCUCUUCUCGCUGCCCAUCGACGUGCCCUUCAGCGGGCUCUACCGGGUGAGCCAGCCGCUCAACAUGCAGGAGCUGAAAGAAUCUGCCACAGAACUCUUGUUCGGGGGCCACGAGACGACUGCCAGCGCCGCCACAUCUCUGAUCACCUUCUUGGGGCUUCACCCAGAGGUCUUGCAAAAAGUGAGAAAGGAGCUGCAAGGGAAUGGGUUAUUGUGCAGCCCAAACCAAGAUAGCAAACUGCUGGAUAUGGAAGUCUUGGAACAGCUGAAAUACACAGGCUGUGUCAUCAAAGAGACCCUCCGACUGAGCCCACCUGUUCCUGGAGGAUUUAGAGUUGCACUCAAGACAUUUGAGUUAAAUGGUUACCAGAUUCCCAAAGGCUGGAACGUUAUUUACAGUAUCUGUGAUACACAUGAUGUGGCAGAACUCUUCACCAACAAGGACAAAUUUAACCCUGAUCGCUUUAUGUCCCCUUCUCCAGAGGACUCCUCUAGGUUCAGUUUCAUUCCUUUUGGUGGGGGCGUGAGAAGCUGUGUGGGCAAAGAGUUUGCAAAAAUCCUUCUCAAAAUAUUUACAGUGGAGUUGGCUCGUAACUGUGACUGGCAACUCUUAAAUGGCCCCCCAACAAUGAAAACUGGGCCUAUAGUGUACCCUGUGGACAAUCUGCCUGCCAAAUUUGUAGGCUUCAGUGGCCAAAUCUAAGCAGUUCAGGGAUUGCUUCUAGCUGAAGUUCUGUACAUAGCAGUAUUUUCUUGUAAAAAAGUCUAUUAUGUAUUUAACUUGUAAAUGUAUAAUAGUUAUUUAUGUCUCUUUUAAAAUAUUUUUUAAAAGCUAUGAUGUAUCCUAUUUUAAUGGUGUCUCUGUGUGUGUGUUUUGCCCCUUGUCCCCCAAGCACUAUAAUUAUGGGUCUCAGGUUCCAUAAUUAGAUAACUUAUUUCUAUAGAAAUGUUUUCCCCUAUCAUACUGAAAUCUUGUCAUCUUAGCAUUUAAUGAUAUUUCAGAACAGGGCAUACAUUGAGGUGCACUCAGAUUCAUAAUACAGGCAUAUUAAAUCAUGGUAACUAAUUGCUCAUCCAGAAUUCAUGCAGGCUUGUAUGAAUUAGGAUGUUUUCAGUAUUACUUUUGAUAUUUAGGAUUUAUGGUCAAUGUAUAUGAAUUUUUCAGACUACAAUAAAGUCUAUUUUUUAAGA